AUGCCCAGGGGAUACCAGGUGGAAUUGUUUGAAAAAUGUCAUUCGACUGACUCUAUCAUAUUUUUACCUACAGGCACAGGGAAGACAUUAUGUGCAACUAUGUUAAUUUCAUACAUGCUGAAGCAAAAUCCAAAGAGAUCUGUCCUUUUUUUGGUAGACAAGGUUUUGCUUGUCUUUCAGCAGAAGAAGUAUAUUGAAGGACAAUUAAAGGGGAAAUUUUUAAGAUUUGACUUGAACGAUAGCGAUAAAAAUGUUGAUCGAGAACUGAUUAUUGCCUGCGUUUGUGGUGGUGUAGUUGGGACUCAGGACAAACCCCUCUGGAUGCAUGACAUAAUUAUAUCAACAGCUGCCUUCUGCUUGAACAUGAUAAAUCAAAAUGUCCUCCGUUGUACUUGGGCUUACUGCUUCCCCUGCUGGAGAGGAAACACUAGAAGGUACGAUAAGAAUGCUGCUCAGCCUCUCAGUGAAUAUGGGUAA